UUCUUAUCCGCUGCUGGGGUGUGGGUGCGCCUCGUCGUCGGCGACCUUUCUCACACCCAGCGGAGACGACCCAUUCCGAUUGGCGGAGGGAGCUCUCGUCCAAUGGGUCGCGGGCUCGCGGCGCCAUGGGAUUCACGCAUCCCGCCGCCGGGCGUGCGUGGGGCAAAAUCAGCUCAGCUAAUUGGGUAAAGCGACCGCUUUUUCCGGUGUGUUGUGUGUGCGUGGCUUGGCUUUGGCUUUGGCUCGAGUCCGUUCCAUCACAGCAACUUGCCACUUGCUGCCAGUAAACAACACAAAGGCGUUCACCACCGGCUGGAGAUGCCCUGCCAAUAGCGAGGAGAGCCCCUACUGGGUUUGGUUCAUACCCGUGUUAUCCACUACAGAAUCCCAGCUCGAUCGGCACGAGCCGACUGGUCGCUACACUUGCCGACUUGCGUAGGGAGGAGUCCUCUUCCAGUUGUCUUGCCCUGCCACAGCCCACAGGAGAUUCACUGGGCUGUUUGCGAUGGCAGAGUUAGCCACGGCAACGUACAAAACCAGCUCUUGCUAAGGGGAAAAAUCACAAAAUUAUUGUUGCGUCUCCCUUUUACUACUGUUUGCUGCUGCUGUGGUGGUCUGGAUAAUUGGGCAUCUAAACGAAGGCUUGUGUUCCUCGCUGGCACAACCGAGAACUCAUCGUCAUCCAAUCUGCAGCACCAAACCUUACCCAGGACCAGGAGUAGGAGAGAGAGAGAUGGAGGAAUAAAGCAGGGGGGGCACGCAGCGCACGGAGGGAGAGCCGGAGGGAGAUCAAAAGGAAGGAGGCAAAGCUUUGCUUCUGAGAGAGGGAGAGCCGGAGAGCGAAGAGAAGCAGGCCAACCCACCCCCACCCCUGCACUGCACACACAAUCCCCCCAUGGCCUCUGCUCCAGCUGCUGCUAUAUAAGCGCGACCCGGACGGCUCUGCUUCCCCAGUAGUCCUCUCCUCUCCUCCCAUCCAUGCUUCGGUCCACGCACCCACCCAGCCCCACCAGCGGCAGCUCCGCGGCGCCGGCGUCCAGCUCCGACGCCGCGGCGAUGGUCGGGGGCGGCGCGGCGGCGGGCAGCGGCGGCGCACCGAGCGGCGCCAAGCUGCUGCAGAUCCUCAACGUGCGGGUCGUGGGCAGCGGCGACCGCGUGGUGGUGCUGUCCCACGGGUUCGGCACGGACCAGUCGGCGUGGAGCCGCGUGCUCCCCUACCUCACCCGCGACCACCGCGUGGUGCUCUACGACCUCGUCUGCGCCGGCAGCGUCAACCCGGAGCACUUCGACUUCCGCCGCUACGACACGCUCGACUCGUACGUCGACGACCUCCUCGCCAUCCUCGACGCGCUCCGCAUCGCGCGCUGCGCCUUCGUCGGCCACUCCGUCUCCGCCAUGAUCGGCAUCCUCGCCUCCAUCCGCCGCCCCGAGCUCUUCGCCAAGCUCGUACUCAUCGGCGCGUCGCCCAGGUUCCUGAACGACCACGACUACCACGGCGGGUUCGAGCUGCCGGAGAUCCAGCAGGUGUUCGACGCGAUGGCGGCCAACUACUCGGCGUGGGCGACCGGGUACGCCCCGCUGGCGGUGGGCGCGGACGUGCCGGCGGCGGUGCAGGAGUUCAGCCGCACCCUGUUCAACAUGCGGCCGGACAUCUCCCUCCACGUGUGCCGCACCGUGUUCAACACCGACCUCCGCGGCGUGCUGGGCAUGGUGCGGUCCCCCUGCGUGGUGGUGCAGACCACCCGCGACGUCUCCGUCCCGGCCUCCGUCGCCGCCUACCUCAAGGCCCACCUCGGCGGCCGCACCGCCGUCGAGUUCCUCCAGACCGAGGGCCACCUCCCGCACCUCAGCGCCCCCGGCCUCCUCGCGCAGGUGCUCCGCCGCGCGCUCGCCCGGUACUAGCGGAGCGCCUGCCACCUACGGUCCUGGUGGUCAUCGGUAUUUUUUACCGCCUCGAUUUACCCCGUGCCGAGACCGGGGACGGGGAUCAGAUAAUGUGGCGACCCGCGCCGUUUGCUGUGCGCGCCAUGACUGUAGACUGUAGUACGAGUGUACGACUUGUUCUGGACUUCUGGUACCCGAUUUUUUUACUGCUUUUUAAUGGAGAGCCGAGCAGUAGCACUGGUAC